CCCUGUUGAGGUUUUCCCAAGCAUCAUGCCAGCCAAACCAGCACCUAUCAAAAAGUCAGCCAAGAAGGCUGCUCCGAAAGAGGAGAAGCCAGCAGAGCCGGUGCCCGAGGCUGCUCCCGCUGAAGCGGCGCCGAUAGAAGCUCCUGCUGAAGCGGCCGUGGCGGAAACCGCUCCCGCUGCCGAGGCACCUGCUCCCGAAGGCCCUGCUGAGGAAGCUGCUCCCUCCACUGAUGCUCCAGCUGAGGCUGCUCCUGCUGAAGCUGCACCUGUAGAAGAGCCACCUAAAGCACCAACAGCAACUCCUGCAGCAGUGUCCACAAGUGCCCCUCAGAACCUCAGUGUGGAUGAUGUCAAUGAAACCUCAGUCACUCUUAAGUGGAGAUCCCCGGAGAAUAUUGGUUCUGGGCUGGAUGGAUAUACCGUGGAAUACUGCAAGGAAGGAUCUUCUGAAUGGGUGCUUGCCAAUAAAGAGCUCAUCACGUCCAACCGGUUUGUCAUCAGCGGCCUGACAGCCGGAGACCUACUUAACAUUCGUGUGGUGGCGGUGAAUGCCGGAGGCCGCAGCGAGCCCGUCGCUCUGGCACAGCCCGUCACCGUCCGGGAGAUCAUGGAUCGGCCCAAGAUCCGCCUGCCCCGUGCCCUGAGAUCAAGAUGCGUCAAGCAUGUUGGAGAACAGAUCAAUCUUGUCAUCCCGUUCAUCGGCAAACCUAAACCUGUUAUAUCAUGGACCAAGGAUGGCCAGCCUUUGGAUACAAAGAAGGUGAACAUCCGCAACAGCGACAAGGAUAGCAUCCUGUUCAUCCGCAAGUCUGAGAGAGAAGACUCCGGCAGCUAUGAGAUGACCAUGAAGGUCGACAGCUUCGAGGACAAGGCUGACCUCAUAAUUCAGAUUGUCGAUCUGCCCGGUCCUCCUGCUUCUGUCAAGCUAGUGGAUUCUUGGGGCUUCAAUGCAGCUCUGGAAUGGACCGCUCCCAAAGACAACGGCAACACUGAGAUCACUGGAUACACCAUUCAGAAGGCCGACAAGAAAACUGAAGAGUGGUUUACGGUUCUGGAGCACUUCCACAUGCUGAACGCUACAGUCUCUGACCUUGUGAUGGGAAAUACAUUCACCUUCAGAGUUUUUGCAGAAAACAAGGUUGGAAGGAGUGAGACUGCUGCUGUAACAAAAAAUGCUGCUCAUAUUCAGAAAACAGGUAUUGUAUACAAACCACUGGAGUACAAAGAGCACGAUUUCAGCGAGGCUCCCAAGUUCACAGCGCCUCUCAGCGACAGAGCUGCCACUGUGGGCUACACCACGAAACUACUAUGUGCAGUGCGAGGCAGUCCAAAGUUCUCCUGUUGAGGAGCAGCAGCAACACAAUUCUGUAGAAUGACAAUGAUGUUUACAGUGGUGUGGGAGGAUGAGCUGAUGUGUGCACACUAAUGAAGACUCUGACUUGCUUCUGUGAUUAAUUAUUUCAACAAAAUCUAAGAAAUUUUGGAUUGGUUCCCAUUUUGCUUCAAAGUAGCAACACCAUAUCAGUGAGCUAAAAAGAGACUUUUUAGUUUUAUAUUGUUGCAUGUAUUUCAGAUGUCACUGUAGUUUAUUCCUAAAAUCCCUUGUUGUAA